CCAUCCAAACAAUUUAUUAGUCCAUCAAAUUAACCUUUUUUCUUCAGUACUCUACUAUAUCAAGAAACACUUUGCUUACAUGUUAUUAUGACCCUUAAGAACUUCAAGGUCCAAAUCAGAAACCAUGGCAACCAAGGUUAGGCUACUGGCAACAUUGAUAGUCUUCUCUUCAAUCUUCUCAUUCGCAGCGUCAAAGAGCACCAAAUCCAACAUAACGUGGUGGUGCAACCAGACACCACACCCUUCAACAUGCAAGUACUUCAUGAGCCAUAGCCGCCACCAUUUUGCACUCAAACAUAGGUCCAAGUUCCGGUUAAUGUCGGUCCAAUUAGCCCUUGAGAAAGCCCUUAUUGCACAAAGGCAAGUCUCGCAACUCGGGCAGAACUGCGAGCACCAGCACCAAAGAGUUGUAUGGGCUGAUUGUUUAAAACUUCAUUCUAAUACCAUUCUUCAACUUAACCGUACCCUAAUAGGGAUAAGGAAGAAGAGGCUUCGAUGUACAGAUGUUGAUGCACAAACAUGGCUAAGUACAGCGCUUACCAACAUUCAAACAUGCAGAACCGGGUCUUUAGACCUUAAUGUGUCGGAUUUCACUAUGCCAGCCAUGUCGAAAAACCUAUCGAAGCUCAUUAGCAAUGCUCUGGCAAUCAAUGGGGUUUUGCUUGAAGACAACAAUACAGUACAAGAGUUUCCAAGCUGGUUCCCCAGGCACCACAGGCGGUUAUUGCAAUCUGCAUCAAUAACAGCAAUGGCAAAUCUCGUGGUGGCAAAAGAUGGUUCGGGGAAAUUCAGGUCUAUUCAGGCAGCAAUUAAUGCAGCCUCAAAAAGGAGGUACAAAACUAGACUGAUUAUACAUGUGAAAAGAGGAGUUUAUAAGGAAAAUAUUGAAGUUGGAGCUAACAAUAACAAUAUUUGGCUGGUUGGUGAUGGCAUGAGAAAUACUAUAAUCACAAGCAGCCGGAGUGUUGGAGGUGGCUAUACAACUUAUAGUUCUGCAACUGCUGGUAUUGAUGGCCUUCGCUUUGUGGCUCGUGGCAUUACCUUCAGCAACACUGCAGGUCCACUGAAGGGCCAAGCCGUUGCACUCCGAUCAGCCUCAGAUCUCUCAGUUUACUAUCGAUGUUCCUUUCAAGGAUAUCAAGACACCCUUUUUGUCCACUCUCAACGGCAAUUCUACAGAGAAUGCUACAUCUAUGGGACCAUAGAUUUCAUUUUUGGUAAUGCAGCAGUUGUGUUCCAAAACUCUAUUAUUCUUGUGAGGAAGCCUUUGAAGGGUCAAGCAAAUAUGAUCACAGCGCAAGGCCGCAAUGACCCUUUCCAAAACACCGGAAUUUCUAUCCAUAAUUCACAAAUUCUACCGGCACCGGACUUGAAGCCGGUGGCUGGUGUAUUUGAAACAUACCUGGGGAGGCCAUGGAUGGGGUAUUCUAGGACAGUCAUUCUUCAAACUUAUAUUGAUGGUUUUAUUAAUCCAGCAGGCUGGUCACCAUGGCUAAACAGUGACUUUGCUCAGGACACCUUGUACUAUGGAGAAUAUAAAAACUCUGGGCCUGGCUCUUCAACAAGAAGGAGGGUUGCUUGGAAAGGAUUUCAUGUUAUAACAAGCCCAUCUGUGGCCUCGCGUUUCACUGUUAGAAGCCUCAUUGCUGGCCAGUCAUGGCUGCCAACCACCAAGGUCCCAUUUACUUCUGACCUUUGAUCAUGAUGCUGUGGUAUUUGUCACUGUAUUUCUUUUCUAAUUUAAUUGGAUUCUUUCUGUACAUUUUAACUCACUGAAAGUAUAAAUAAGUUAAUUUACUUAUAUUAUUA